AUGGCUGAAAAACCCAAAAUUGGACUGUUGGCACCACCAUUUAAGCCAAAAACAGAGAUGAUGUUGAAAAAUGCUCUGAAGGCAACAGAUGCUUCUAAUUGGAAACAUAACAAUCUUUUUGAGAAAGUUCAAGUUUCCAGCAGCAGCUGGAACUGUGGAGUCUCAACUCUUAUCGCAAAUGCACAAAAACCAACAGGAAUUGCGGAUGUGUGCAAUAAAUUCAGACCAGUGAAGAGGGUUUCCCCAUUAAAGCACCAGCCAGAAAGCUCUGAGAACAAUGAAAGUGAUGACCAGAAGAACCAGAAGGGAGAAUACCAGAAAGGUAGCGAAUCUCAAUCUGCACCUCCAAAUGGUGACCAGAGUCCAGGAGAAGGAGAGAGCCUUAAAAGCAAAAACAUCGAGCCCGCUGUUCUGCUUGGGGAGCUGGAGCACUAUGACCUGGAUAUGGAUGAAAUUUUGGAUGUGCCUUACAUUAAAUCAAGCCAGCAACUUGUUCCUUUUACAAAAGUCACUCCUGAGAAAAAACUUCUAGGUAUAUGUUCAACAGUGAAUGGUCUUAGCAGCAAGACCUGCUCUGCAGGGAGCACGGAGAGCUCGCCCGCUGGCGGGACGCAGUUCUGUGUGCUGUCCCCUGUGAAAGGCACUCAGCCGAGAAAAGCGCAGCCCAUUGUCCUUGACCAACACAAGCAUGUCACAGAAGAAUUAGAGCUUUCCCAGCCCUUAGUUAAGUGUAGCUCAGCCCAUGAGUCUGAAGCCCAGGGCAAGGGCUUUCUCAGCAGGACAUUUGUUGAUCCUCAUGCUCACCAAACUGAGAAGACAAUGCCAAACUGCCACCUGAGGACUUUCCACCUGCAGACGGCAGUGGCGGAAAACAAGCAGCUAGAGGAACUGAGUAUGAACUGGAACAGUGCAGGGGGCCCAGAAGAGAGGAGCGAAGAGGUGAAAAAAAUUAAGAGCAUCUUGAACAUUGUAAAGGAAGGCCAAAUAUCUUUACUGCCACAUUUAGCAGCAGAUAAUCUGGAUAAGAUCCAUGAUGAAUGUGACAACAAUCUGUUGCAUGUAGCAGCAUCAAAGGGACAUGCAGAAUGCCUGCAGCAUCUCACUUCUUUGAUGGGUGAAGACUGUUUGAAUGAAAGAAACAUUGAGCAGCUAACUCCAGCUGGAUUAGCAAUAAAGAAUGGUCAGCUGGAAUGUGUUCGAUGGAUGGUGAGUGAAACAGAAGCUAUUGCAGAAUUAAGUUGCUCAAAAGACCACCCAAGCCUUAUUCAUUAUGCAGGUUGCUAUGGCCAGGAGAAGAUCCUUUUAUGGCUUCUUCAGUUUAUGCAGGAACAAGGAAUUUCACUGGAUGAAGUUGACCAGGAUGGUAAUACUGCUGUUCACAUAGCUGCUCAACAUGGCUAUCUAGGAUGCAUACAGACAUUGGUUGAAUAUGGAGCAAAUGUCACCAUGCAAAACCACGUGGGAGAGAAACCCUCACAAAGUGCUGAGCGACAUGGGCACACCAUGUGCUCCCGCUACUUAGUAGUUGUGGAGACAUGUAUGUCAUUGGCCUCUCAGGUUGUCAAGCUGACUAAGCAGCUGAAGGAGUAA